UUGCUUCUCCUUUUCUACCUGAUUUUCUCUGUAUUCCUCUCUGUCGGUCCUUCUUGACAAAAGUGCUUUAUUACACUGCAAUGAAAAGGGAUAAUAUACCUGCGUUGCGUUCCGUUAUUUCUGCAUUAAUCCUACUCUGCUGGUGGCUGUCGUGGUUUCAACAUUUUUCCCCCUUUCUAUUUCGGCUGCUAAUCAAUUAGAAUUAAAAAAGUGUGAAAAUAACGAGACGAGAGAAAUGACGAGGUUCGUCGUGUAAUAGUGACAUUACGAUUUUCCCUUUCUGUGUUCUCUUCCUUUCCAACUCGCCAACUCACCAUGAUAGUAACGUAAAGGAAAUUUUAAACGAAAGAGAGUAUCUUACGGACCUAGUAUUUCAUUUGAAGGAAAUGAAGUGUUAAGUUAACAGUAGGCUGGUAAUGAGCUUUGUGUUGAGCUCGGUGCGUGCAUCAACCGAUGCAUAAUUGUAUUAAAUUCUCCUGUGACAAUAGUAACCAGUUCGUACGCAAUGCGAUAAAACUGUGAUUGUGUGUGCUGUCCGCGUAACCAUAAUCGUAUUCGUACAAAAAUGUAAUCACCUUUCUGUGCUGUACUUAAAUUUCUUGAAAUACAUGCUUUCUAAAAUUUACUUAUUGGGCAUGAAUGGACAGGUGCAAUCCUCCGGGGAGAGGUUAGGAAGUUUCACUAACAGUACAAUGGGGCUGUUCUCUGGGAUUAUUGCCACUGACCGUGUUCCAAACAUACAACUAGCUACUACAAACAAUGAAUUACCUAUGGAUGAUUCCAGUGUUAGUACAGAAGUUGAUAGCAAAGUCAAAACAAAAUUAUUAUCCAUGUGGAAUAAUGUUAAAUAUGGCUGGACCAUCAAAGUAGUUAAACCGAAUUUCUCAAAAGAAUCUCCGGUAUGCUUACUUGGAAAAAUUUAUCGCAAGAAGCCGGAAGAAUUUCUGGAAAAGGCGUCUGAAGCUGAAAAAACUUUAGACACUGGAAGUGAAAUAUCUUUAGCUAUGGAUGCUAUUAGCUUCGAAGAUGGCAUAGAAGAAUUUAAGAAGGAUUUCACCUCGCGUCUUUGGUUAACGUACAGAAGGGAAUUUCCUAUAUUGAAUGGUUCUACAUUUACCACUGACUGUGGUUGGGGAUGUAUGCUACGUAGUGGUCAAAUGAUGUUGGCACAGGCAUUGGUCUGCCAUUUUCUUGGAAGAGAAUGGCGGUGGCAGGUAGAUCAACCACUAAAAACAGAACAACAGAAAUUGGAUGAAUAUAAUCACAGGUUAAUAAUUAAAUCGUUUGGAGAUCUACCAGACAGUACAUCUCCAUUUUCCAUACAUACACUUGUUUCUUUGAGUGCAUUGUGGGGAAAACGUGCAGGAGAUUGGUAUGGACCUUCCUCUGUAGCUCAUCUUUUAAGCCAAGCAGUAGAACAAGCAGCAGAACGACAUCCAGUAUUUAGUAACUUGGCUGUUUAUGUUGCUCAAGAUUGUGCAGUUUAUCUGCAAGAUGUAGAAAAUGUAUGCCAAAUGCCGGAUGGCAAGUGGAAAUCUCUUAUACUUUUUGUACCUUUAAGGCUUGGUGCUGACAAAUUGAAUCCUGUUUAUGCAUCAUGCCUAACACAUUUACUUACGCUAAAUACCUGUAUUGGAGUUAUCGGUGGCCGGCCUCGCCAUUCGCUUUAUUUUAUUGGUUUCCAGGAAGAUAAAUUAAUUAAUCUAGACCCACAUUAUUGUCAAGAAACUGUUGAUGUAUUGAAAGAUAAUUUUCCUUUGACGAGUUUUCAUUGUGCUUCACCAAGAAAAAUGUUAAUAUCAAAAAUGGAUCCUAGUUGUUGUGUUGGAUUUUAUUUUCAUAAUAAAAUGCAAUUUACGAACUUUAUGGAGAUUGCUCCCUCUUACUUGGUGCCGGAAGAUGAGAAAGUCGACUAUCCGAUGUUUUUAUUUUGCGAAGGGAGCGGGAAAGAUCUCCAACAAGAAAUUGAAAUUGCAGAAAACAUAAUUCCCACUACUACCUCAUUUACAGGUAAUGGGACGUAUGAUGAUGAUCUUGACGAGUGCGAAGAAUUUGAACUAGUACAGUGAGAUAUUUAUCACAGAUGUUAAAGAAGUAUCAUGUACUUAAAAAACAUUCAUGGAUAGUUUUUGGAGAAGAAUGAUAAUGUUAGUCAUUAA